AUGGAGCUCACCGUAGACCUUCUCAUCCUCAUUUCAUCCCUCGUCUUCCUCCGCCUGUGGUGGCGCCACUGGUCGAAAACCGGCGGCGGCCCGAAGAACCUGCCCCCCGGUCCGCCCGGCUGGCCGCUGGUCGGCAACCUGUUCCAAAUCAUCCUCCAGCGCCGCCCCUUCAUCUUCGUCGUCCGCGACUUGCGGGCCAAGUACGGCCCAAUCUUCACCCUCCAGAUGGGCCAGCGGACCAUGAUCAUCGUCACCGACUCGGCCCUCAUCCACGAGGCCCUCGUCCAGCGCGGGCCCACCUUCGCCUCCCGGCCCCGCGACUCCCCGAUCCGCCUCGUGUUCAGCAUGGGGAAGUGCGCCAUCAACUCGGCCGAGUACGGACCGCUCUGGCGGGCCCUACGUCGCAACUUCGUCUCCGAGCUCGUCAGCCCGGCCCGCAUCCGCCAGUGCGGCUGGAUCCGUAAAUGGGCCGUCCAAAACCACAUGAAACGACUCGCUGACGAGUCGUUUCGAAACAACGUCGUCCACGUCAUGCGAAACACCCGCCUCACCGUCUGCAGCAUCCUCAUCUGCCUCUGCUUCGGCGCGAGAAUCCCGGAGGAGAAGAUUCUCGAGAUCGAGUCCGUUUUAAAAGAGGUCAUGAUGAUGACGACUCCGAAGCUGUCAGACUUUCUGCCGGUCCUCGGAGUCGUGUUGCGGAAGCAAAUGAAGGAAGCGAAGGAGCUGAGGAGGAAACAGCUGGAUUGCCUUCUCCCGCUGGUUCGGGCUCGACGUGGGUUCGUCGAGCGCGGGGAGAAAGUUGAUGGGCUGGAAAUGGUGAGCCCAGUCGGGGCGGCUUACAUGGACUCGCUGAUUGGGCUUCGACCCGGGAACAGAGGCCCGUUGGGGGAGGAGGAGAUUGUCACGCUUGUCUCGGAGGUGAUCAGCGCGGGGACCGACACGAGUGCCACGUCGAUCGAGUGGGCCCUCCUCCACGUGGUGCAGGACCAGUCAAUCCAGGAGCGGAUGUACAAGGAAAUCGUUGACCGCGUGGGGAAAAACGGCGCGGUCAACGAGGACGACGUGGAGGAGAUGCCGUACCUGACGGCGGUGGUGAAGGAGACUUUCCGGCGGCACCCGCCGAGCCACUUCCUGCUGUCGCACGCGGUGGCGGCGGAGGGGGCGGCGGUGGAGCUGGGAGGGUACGGGGUGCCGGCCGGCGUCCACGUGGAGUUCUACACGGCGUGGGUGACGGAGGAUCCGGCGAUGUGGAAGGAACCCGGGGAGUUUCGGCCCGAGAGGUUCCUGGAAGGAGGGGACGGAGCUGACGUGGACUUGACGGGGACGCGUGGCGUGCUGAAGAUGAUGCCGUUCGGGGCCGGGAGGAGGAUCUGUCCAGCGUGGAGCUUGGGGGUGCUCCACGUGAAGUUGUUGUUGGCGAGGAUGGUUCAUGGGUUCAGGUGGCUGCCCGACCCGACUUCGCCGCCCGACCCGACGGAGACGUUUGCUUUCACGGUGGUGAUGAAGAAUCCUUUGAAGGCUGUGAUAUUGCCCCGGUAA